CAGAAAUUAAAUUGCGCUGCGAUUGGUCGCAUCCCGCCAGGAAGUGAUGCGACUCCCGCCUGCGAUGUCGUUCCCACACUGCGACGGCCGUGCCGAGCGGGCGACCGUCGUCGACUCAUCUCGGCGCUUCGUUAAGUCGUCCACCGACACGACAUUAGAGACACCAAACUUUGAUGUGGCCUCUGAAGGCCUCACGUUGGACAAUUGUGAGCAAGGCAAAGACUUCAAGUGAUUCUCGUGGAGGGUCCGAGCCCACGCGAGAGGAGAAAGGCAUCGAGGGCGGUGGGUGGGGUGGAGGACUCAAGACGUGGUUCCGUGUGGAGAGGCCUGCCGAGCCAGUCUUUGGAAGGGGGAGGUCGGCCGUGCAAGGCGCGCCGCGGGCCGCAGACAUGAUGGUCCACUGUGCCGGCUGUGAGCGGCCCAUCCUGGACCGGUUCCUGCUCAACGUGCUGGACCGGGCCUGGCACGCCAAAUGCGUGCAGUGCUGCGAGUGCAACUGCAAGCUGACCGACAAGUGCUUCUCGCGGGACGGAAAGCUCUACUGCAAGGUGGACUUCUUCCGGCGGUUCGGUACCAAGUGCGCCGGCUGCCUGCAGGGCAUCUCGCCCAGCGACCUGGUGCGCAAGGCGCGCAGCAAGGUGUUCCACCUCAACUGCUUCACCUGCAUGGUGUGCCACAAGCAGCUGUCCACCGGCGAGGAGCUCUACGUCAUCGACGAGAACAAGUUUGUGUGCAAGGACGACUACCUGAGCUCGGCCACCAUCAAGGAGGUCAGCCUCAACUCAGUGUCGUCGUGCACGGACCGGAGCCUGUCACCGGACGUGCAGGACGGCGCCUUGCUGCAAGACGAGCUGAAGGAGGGGGACAACUGCACGUCGUCGGACAAGGAGACCAAUAAUAUCGAGAACGAGGAGCAGAACUCGGGGGCCAAGCGGCGGGGCCCGCGCACCACCAUCAAGGCCAAGCAGCUGGAGACCCUCAAGGCCGCCUUCGUGGCCACGCCCAAGCCCACGCGACACAUCCGGGAGCAGCUGGCGCAGGAGACCGGCCUCAACAUGCGCGUCAUACAGGUCUGGUUCCAGAACCGAAGAUCCAAGGAACGACGGAUGAAGCAGCUGAGCGCUUUGGGGGCUCGCAGACACGCCUUCUUCCGGGGCCCGAGGAGAAUGAGGACCCUGGGGGGGCGGCUGGAGGACCCGGACAUCUUGGGACCCGCUGCCUACGGCUACUACGGGGAGUACCAAGGGGACUACUACGGACCAGCAACUAACUACGACUUCUUCCCGCACGGCCCCCCGUCCUCGCAAGCCCAAUCCCCCGCCGAGUCCCCCUACAUCCUGGGCUCGGGGCCCGGGGCCAUGGAGGGCUCGGGCCACCUCCCCUCGGACGACCAAAGGUUCACGGACAUGAUCUCGCACGCCGAGACGCCCAGUCCCGAGCCGGGCUCCCUGCAGCCCGGGCCGGGGGAGGCCUACGGGGGCGGGCCCAGUCCUCCUUUCUCCCUGGCCAGUAACUCCAGCUACAGCGCCCCCAUGUCCCACCAAGGCCCCGAGAUGGGCGAGGCUGCGGCCUGGUGAAGCCAGCCGCCAGAGACCGUUUGAUCCGUUUUCACCCACCGCUGGACUCUCGCUUAGAAGUGUAGGGACGAGUCGGCGCCAGCUUUCUUGGAAUACUGGACUUGAAUGAUUUACAAUAAAGACUUUGAUUGAGUCCGUCCUGCACACAUGCUGCCGCAAAAACAACGCGGUCGACACAACAACGCCAAAGGAACUUUUUCUUUACGUUUCUUGCGUUUGAAAGCGAGCCGUCACCUUUUGUAGCCGCUACGUUGCAGCCACCCGCUUGUAUGGGCCCGGACCGGAGUCCUCGUAGCCGCAGCGGCCGCACACGUCGAGGGCAAGUGGACUUCAACCCCAGCUAUCCCCUUCCUGUCAUCCGUACCUGGUAGGCAUGUAUUUUAGAUCAGAGCAAUCUCCAAACAUGGUUAGAGGUGAUCACUGCUAUUCGUGACAAACACAAACAGAGCCCCAAAUAGCCAAAGCGCGGCAAGUCAUUGAUACUUGAGGCAAAUUGCAACUUUGCAAGACCAAAUGUCUUUUGCAGCAAAUGGGAAGUAAACGCACUUUAUUUGCUUUGGAGGGCCACAAAAAAAAUGAUGUAGCAGUCCGGACUUGGCCCCCAGACCUUAGGUUGGACACUUGUGCCACAAACUAGGAUCCCAAAACUCAUCUUCCAUCAUUUGCAUUAAAAAAGGGAUUUAUGGAGGAUUUGAUUUGGGUUAUGCGAUGACUCCCUGGAACCAACCAAAUGUUAUUUUGAGCCGGAAAUUGCAUUUGGAUUUGAGCAGGUUGCUAUUUUUUUUGCAUACUGAAAUGGAAGGAAACAUUCUCGGGAAAAUAUUGGACACUACCCGACCCGGCUCAGGGUUGCUAUUGUGGUGACUGCGGAUACCCCGCCCGCCCCCUGCGUAUGUAUGGAUGCAGCAUAUACAGUAUACAGUUGCUUCUUUUCUUAGAAAAUGUUGCUAAUAAAAUUAGUUGUUUUCAAAUCCAAUGCUACAAUAAUAACCUGGUAGCCCAUUUCUUGCUAGCGUUAACUCAUCAGUGUGGGUCAUUUUUGCUGGAUCAAAAACUUGACCUUGACAACGUGCUGGGUCCCAAAAAAAUGGCCUUUGGAUUUGCUAUGUUCCCCCAAUCCGGGUCACUUUUAAGUCAGCAAUUUGAAAUGAGAAUUUUCCGACCAAUGCGGGGAAUGGCCGAGCCUGACAUUGAGAUGGAACAAAUGAAUGCGGCCGAUCAUUUGAAUGAAAAGGCUGCCUCCCCCCUGCGCCCCCUUUCUACUUUGGUGCCACUCCAUCCACAACAUGAUGAUCAUAUGUUAAAACAAGGGCGUCUGCACCUUUCUUCCCACACACACACACACACACACACGCACACACAGGCGGCGUUGAUUGUUGUGUCCGCGCGCGCGCGCCUCCGGCCGACCUUCCCUUUGUCGUGCUCCCUUUUUCACAAGACAUGUUUUAAUGGAAAUGAUUUUCAAAAGCACACUGAAGCCAUAAUAGAGAAUCUCCUUCAACAGCUGAGGUCUCCUGCCUCUUAAAGGGAGCAAACAAAAGAGGGGCCACGCAACAUCUGUGGCG